AUGGACAAACUACCAGAAUCAGUCCAAAAGGCGUUGGAAGGCAGAAUAGAUCCUACAUCACAACAUAUGAUUGAGCAACAUUCUCAGACUUUCCUCAUCGCUCUGACGAUAAUAUCAUUCGUACUUUCAUAUUUUUCAAGUUCAGUCUUACUAGGUUUAGAGACGUUCUUAGGUGGUUUCGUCAUUCUCCUUUUAGCAACAGUACCUCCUUGGCCUUACCUCAAUCGGUAUCCUAUCAAGUUCCUUCCUGUUAGGAAAUUACACCAAACGUGA